AUGGCUCCAUCUUCCUCAACAAGGAAGAGAGGAGGCCUCCAUUCCUUUCGUAGCAACCGGCAGCACCGGCAACGAAGGCGCAACCAACGACCCUUUAACUCCAGUUCCAGCAGCAGACGCGACGGGAUAGCAUCGUCCGCGAGAGAAUGCUCAGUUGUGGCGUAUACCGAGAACUCGAAUAGCGAAAUAUUAGACAGAUUGAGCCAAAUACAAGGCAAUAGGGGCCAACAGGAUCAGGAUGAUGAGAAUGAAGAGCUGUGUCAUAUUGUGAUGGCUAUAGACAUGAAGGAGACGGCCACUGUUGGUUGUUGUUAUUAUAUUGCAGACGAGCAGAAGCUGUAUCUUCUCGAGGACAUUACCUCUGGGGGCCUUGAGGCAAUUGAGGCGUUAAAACUUGAUGUUAAACCAACGCUUGUUCUCCUAUCAACCAGGGCCGAUCAAAACACAAGCAGUUUUGGGCGAAAUGGGCAAGAUGGCCAUACGGCGGACAAUGGUGAAUAUUAUUGUUCGCCUUGUUGCUACAUUGCUAGACCGUCACUUACAAUCUGCCCUUCAGAUGACCAGUUCAAACUGCCUUAUCACCUCGACGUCCGCCCAGUGCAGGAGUUCAAUUUCGAGGGCGCAAAACUCAAACUUGCAAACCUUCGACCUGAUACAAGUAGGGAUGAUACCCGAUUCCUAGUGCCCGGUGACACUUUCUCGCCGAGCAGAAAUGGAGACGAGAACGAUUUAGGGUUUACUGAUCAUCAAGGAAAGCUACUACACCUUUCUGGCUCUAUCGAUCUGGAUAACCAUAUUUCUAUCGGGUGCGCCGGCGCUCUCAUCACCCACCUACAGAGAAAACGAGCAGCGGAAUGCCUAGCAAGGGAGGGCGCUGGGGACAAGUUGUUGAACAUUAAAUCUGUUGAAAUGAGGACUCUAAAGGAUACAAUGUUUGUUAAUACCGAUACGCUCACUUCACUCCAAAUAAUCCAAUCGGAGUCUCAUCCAAAUGUAUUCAACCAAGGGCCGGGUAAGAACUCCCCUGGAGCCAAAGAGAGCCUUUCAAUAUAUGGCCUAUUCCACCAUUUUGCUAGGACACCGCAAGGGAGGGCUCGUCUAAGGCAAAGAUUUCUCCGUCCCAGCACGGAUGAAACUCACAUAAAGGAGGGACAUGACUUUAUCAGCACAUACCUACGUCCCGAUAACAGUGAGGCCAUUGAAAAACUCACCAAGAGUUUGAAAGGGAUCAAGAAUUUGCGCCCAGUGAUGGUCCAUGUACAAAAGGGUAUCAGUUCCGGAAAUGCAAAGUUCAAAGCGUUCAAGAGUGGAGUUUGGGCAACGCUGUUGGAGUUCGCUUUCCAUGCUAUCGACGUACAUGAGACGAUACGGACGGUGUCAGGGGUGGAGAAUUUGGAUUUGCAUUUGAAGGCACUUGAGAAGCUAGACGUGACUGUCCUACACCAGGUUGGAAGAAUAAUCCAUGAAACGGUCGAUUUACAAAGCUCGAUUGAAGAGCACCGGACUGUGGUUAAGCCGAAAGUGGACCCCGAGCUGGACGAUCUGAAAGAGACGUAUAAUGGCUUAGACAGCUUGCUCAACCAAGUAGCCAUAAAUAUUGCUGGUACUAUCCCUAGUAAGCUUAGUAACGAUGUUAACGUCAUUUACUUUCCCCAACUUGGGUUCAACAUUGCUAUGCCAUUGGAUGAAAGAGGUCGCCCUGUUUACGAUGGCGGAGAGCAACCGUGGGAACAGGGGGCCAGUUUAUACAAGCUUGUACGACCGCAGAUGAUGCAACACAACAGUAUCGUAAUUAAGGGCGGACGACAUCUUUUGCACGAAGUUACCGUUCCUACGUUUAUCCCAAACGAUACUUUAAUCGUCGGCGGAAAUGGAAGGGAAAGAUCCCCUCCAAACACAUCCUCUCUAUCACUAGACACUUCAGUUGGGGUUACUGACACUGAGGGACCGAGCAUGAUACUACUGACUGGACCCAAUUACUCCGGCAAAAGUGUUUAUUUGAAACAGGCCCAAAGCUCCUUUAUGAUUGACCUACAGCAGGUAUCCUUCGCGUUAGUCCUUGCAACAGAACGCAGCCUGGUGAUAAUCGAUGAAUUUGGCAAGGGAACGGAAUCAACUGAUGGUGCCGGUCUCGCUUGCGGGCUGUUCGAAUAUUUACUCAGUCAAGGUGAGAAGAGGCCAAAGGUACUUGCCGCAACGCAUUUCCAUGAGAUAUUCGAGAACGGGUUUCUACCCCCAAGGAAAGAGCUUGGUUUUGGGUAUAUGGAGGUGCAAAUAGAUCCGGCUGCGAGAGACAUGGAGAAUGAGGUCACUUAUCUAUACAAGUUGCGUACCCCUCCCCUUUUCCGAUCUGGACGGAGCAAUGCGAGUUUUGGGACAAAUGGCAUCGAUCCAGCCAUAAUCUCGAGAGCAAACGAGAUUGGCACCCUCGCUGCCCGUGGUGAAGAUCUGGUCGUCAUUUGCGCAAAGAUGUCUGUGGACGAAAUAGAGGAGCUUGGAGCAGCGGAGAGUAUGGCCAGGAGGUUCCUUGGAGCGGAUUUUUCACAUCAACCUAAUAAUUCCGGUGUCGAUAGUGGGGAUAACAAUGAACGACCAGAAGUUUUACUGGAAAAUAUCAUUGGUGAGGGUUAUGGCAACACGGUAGUAAUAGGAUGA